UGGCCUCUCAAGAACCUACCCGAAAAUCGGAAGCGUUGCUUAGCUUUGAGCAGCUAGCUACAUUACCCAACUAGUCAUACCGACGUCAGUCCAACAUGGCGGCCCACAUAGCACGACGUUGUUAUUUACUAUGUCGUCGUGCUGGAGAACAUGUGAUUCCACAGCACGGAAAACGAAGGAAUGUCUUAAUAAGAGACAUUAACAACACUUUGCAGCAGAAUGUUGGUUACGUGACACGAGGGACAGACUCCACGCAGGACGCCCACGUGCACAUUCCAGUGGACCGCCUGACGGUAUCUUACAGCAGAAGCAGUGGUCCUGGUGGCCAGCAUGUCAAUAAAGUCAGCACAAAAGCAGAGGUUCGAUUCCACGUGCAGACAGCCGACUGGAUCCCAGAAGAUGUUCGACAGAAUAUCUUUGAAAAGAACAAAAACCGCAUCAACAAGGCCGGGGAGCUGCUGGUGACCUCCGAGCUGACCCGGAGUCAGCACAGAAACCUUUCUGAUUGUAUCCAGAAGAUUUCUGCCAUCCUGACCGAGGCCAGCGAGAAGCCGCGUGAACCAACAGCAGAGGAUGUGGCCCUAAGGGCAGCCAGGUUAGAGAAGGGGAACAAGGAGCGACUCAAACAGAAGAAGAUGAAUUCAGCUACCAAGAAGAGCAGACGGGUGGAUUUUGACUGAUUGACUGUUACGUUUCUACCUCCCAUGAUUGUAUUGUCAAUACGUAUAGUUUAUAUGUACAGCCUUAGUUAUAUUGUCUUUUAAUUUCCUGUACAGUAAAAGUAAGUAGAAACAUUUUUGUCACUAAAGACCAGAAACAUACAAACCAAUCACAUACAAGCCAGAAACAUACAAACCAAUCUUAAACUCGGGUAUAGGUCUCGAUUUUGGUCAUUUUCUAUGGAGGACGGGAAAUGAAUUAAAUAUCAAUAAAUAAAUAAAUGUAAACAUACAGAAAUAAAGAAUGAAAUAAUGCUGAAAUAAAUACAUGCUGAGAUAAAUUAAUGCGUUAACAUACAUAAAAAUUGAUAAGUAAACAGGAUGUAAUGUAGAAACGGCAUUAGGGAGUCUCAUUCAGAGAGAAAAAGCUAGCAGAGGAUGGUUUCGAUCCAUCGACCUCUGGGUUAUGGGCCCAGCACGCUUCCGCUGCGCCACUCUGCUCCGGUGAACGUAUAGAAAGACAGACGGAAAGUCAAAUCUCACAUGCUAACAAGAGUUGUUAACGCUAUCUUAAUGUGUGUCGUUGAUGGCAGUAGUGUUGGUAACAACAGUUGUUAUUUUAAUGCACGUUAUGUAUGAUAACACUAGUCUAGUAUACAAUGUACGAGCCUCAAAACGUUUAGGUUCAACCUAUUGGUUUGACUUUAACGUUAGCCACCAGCUACAACCAUAGGAUACAAUCACAUAAAAAAAACUCUCACCGUGAGAGUAAAAGACGACCACGAAGGGACUCGAACCCUCAAUCUUCUGAUCCGAAGUCAGACGCCUUAUCCAUUAGGCCACGCGGUCGGAUUGACUGCUAGCACCCGGUGUUUUGUAGAAAUUCUUACAAUAGGAAGGAAGGAACUUUGAAGAUCGGAUAAAGACAUACAUAUAAACGGAGAUAAUUAAAUUAAAAAAAUU